CCAGACGUGAUGUGCCGGAAACGUCAUGGCGGCAUGUGACGAGGCAUGGCGAUGUGAUGACGAGACCAAGGUUUCUAUUCGUGGUUUUGUAUAUGAAUCCAGACUCGGGCUCAAGUGAGUUUGGGACCUUCAUGUUGGAUGCAUAUACAUUCAACAACUUUGAACACUCAGUAGGCACGACACACUCUAUCACAUCCAAGCCACAACUACGCACCGAGACACAAUCACUGCAGUCGUAAUGUUCGUACACGCCAGAAACGAUGUCUUUGACACGAACCCUGCUUCAGGGGCACGGUCGCUCACCCAAGGCGGCUCAGAUUGGCUCUGGGCUGCUACCGCCAUCUUUGCCGUCUCGUUCCUCAUCUUACUCGUUCUCGGCCUCCGUCCUUGGCAUGGCGAGCGCAUCUUCCACUAUCUGUUCACCAUCGCCCUCCUUGUCGGCGCCAUCACCUACUUCGCCAUGGCCAGCGAUCUAGGAUGGUCCGUCGUAAGGCAGCAUCUCCGUGUCAGUGAAGCGGCAACCUACCAGGUCUUCUUUGCAAAGUACAUCUUCUGGGUGGUGGCGUUCCCCGUCAUUGUCAUCGCGCUGGGCCUCGCCAGCGGCGUCAGCUGGGCGACCAUUGUCUACAACAUCUUUUUGUCCUGGAUCUGGAUCAUCUCCUACCUCGUCGGUGCGUACACCCGCACUCGCUACAAGUGGGGCUUCUUUACCUUUGGCACCGUGGCGUACCUCCUCCUCGCCUACCAGACGUUGUGGUCCGGCUGGUCUGCCAGCAGGCGCUUCCCUCACCAACGCGACUACACCUUGCUUGCAGGCUACGCCAACCUCUUCUGGUUGAUCUACCCAAUCGCUUGGGCUGUCACCGACGGUGGCAACGUCAUUGGUGUCGCCCAGAUGGCAAUCUUCUUCGGCAUCCUUGAUGUGCUCCUGGUAUGUGGGCUCGCCUUUGCCUUCAUCUUCCUCUCGAAGCGGUGGGACCACGAAUUGAUGCGCCUGCACUUUACUCGGGAUGGCCGCAUCCCCCACGCGAGAGACUUCCACGACAAGCAUCCCGUCGGCGAACGAGUCGUCGGUGCUGGCGCUGGAACUGGAACUGGUGCAACAGCCGGAGCGGGUGAUGGUGUUGGUACCACUGCAGGCUAUGCGCAGCCCGUUUGAGAGCAUCACUGCCAACUACUGUCAGACCGCCCCGGCUGGAUAAUAGUCUACCGUCCCGGGUUGUCCAGGACACUCAUGCCCUGGGCGGGGCAACAACUAAUCUGCUGCCGGACCUUUAACACACUUUCAAUGGGGAGUGGAAGAGAAAGUGAUGGACACGACUAAUGUUUUUCAUGUGUGAUUUGUAACUCCGGGUUGCAUUAUUGUAACGUAUUUAUC